AAUGUAGCAGGUUGUGUUCUUGGGAGGGGACUGAUAUGAGCUGAUAUGUGCUGACCUUUAAAACAAAGUGCAGCCCACAGGGUUUAGACGCAAAGUUUGAGACUACAGUCUCUUGUGAAGUCAUGGCCUCCAGCUUUCCUCUCAUCCUGUUGGUGCUCAGCAGUCUGGGUGUGGCUCAGUCCCAGCUGAAGGUGUAUAACCUGCGGGCCUCCAAGCUUCCCUCUAACCUGGUGUCUACCACUGACGGCUAUGUUAAGGUGUUUUCUGGCUCAGCCAGUCUAGGUAAGACCUCUGCCCGUAACAACGAUGCCAAUCCCUGGUGGGACGAGGAAUUUGCAUACUUCAGUGCCCUGGAGAAUGAAGUACUGCGGCUUGAGGUUUACGACGAUGACAUCCUCUUUGAUGAUCUGCUGGGAGUAUGUCAGCGUCAAAUCCAGUUGGGAACCCAUGAGCAUGACUGCUACCUCGAGAAAGGUGGCACCCUCCAUUAUGCCUAUACCCUUGGUUGAAAGGGAUAUGCUGUGGCUCAACAGACAUUUCUUUCAGCUUAGCUCUAAGGAAUGUUUUCAUCCUGAUAUGUAAUUUCUAAGAGAUUCUCUGCCCCACAUCAAUGAGUCAUCAUCUGCAAUUAGACCAGAAAAAUAUCCAUUGCGUAUCUCAUUAUGGCACUGGUAAUUUUCUCCUGUUUCCAACAUUACACACUUGAUGUUUGUAUUAAAUCUGUGUGUUAAAGUUCCUGUCUCAUCUGCUGCUGUAACAGCAUAAAUUGCCCCACUGUGGAAUUAAGGAUGAUCUUGUUUUGUCCUGUAAGUCCCUGAAAAAUGAAAUAAACUUUACUGCAACAUCCA